AUGAGGAAGCUCUGCACGGAGGAGCUGUUCACGCCGCGGCGACUCGCCGAGCUGCGCGCCGUGCGGGAGGAGAAGGCGCGUGAGCUCGCGCGCGCCGUGUCGUCGUCGUCGGAGGCCAAGGUCAGGGGCGGCGAAUCCGGGUCGCCGUUGCUGCCGGUGGCCGUGGCGCGCGCGGUGUUCCCGGCGGUCGCCGGCGCCGUGGUGGUGGCCGGGACGCCGAACGUGUCCGACUACUUCCCGGCGGUCGCGGCCGCCGACGUGCUCGGCGUGAGGCGCCGGAUGGAGAAGCUCGUCGCGUGGACCUACGGCGUGAACGACCGGCAGAUAGACCUGCGACGGCACGGCCGUGCCGCCGGCGAGCCGCGGAGGAAUGACUUGCUGGACGCGGCGCUUGACAUGGAGGGGCAGGUGGAUGGGACGGAAGGGUGGGUGAUGAACCAGGAGGCCAUGAGAGGAAUGUUCAUGGACUUGCUCGUCGCCGGAAGUGGAUCGACGACGAGCACGAUAGAGUGGGCGAUGGCGGAGCUGCUGCUGCACCCACGGUGCAUGACGAAGGAGCUGCGACGAGUCAUCGGCGCAAGACCACACGUCGCCGAGUCCGACAUCUCCAACCUCACGUACCUUCAGGCCGUCGUGAAGGAGACCCUCCGGCUACACCCGACGGUCCCCAUCGGCCUGAACAAGGCGGAGGCGACGGUGGAGGUCCAUGGCUACCGGAUCCCUGAAGGAACGACGGUGUACGUGAACAUCUGGGCGAUCUGCCGGAGGGCGAAGGUGUGGGGAGAUGACGCCGAGGAGAGGUUCGUCGUCGGCAGGGACGACGGCGUCGGGUUCUUGGGGAAUUGCUUUGAGCUCAUCCCGUUCGGCGCCGGGAGGAGGAUCUGCCUGGGGUUGCCGCUGGCGGAGAGGAUGCUGCACCUCAUGCUCGGCUCGCUGCUGCAUCGGUUCGACUGUGCGGUUGAGGAUGACGGCAUCGACAUGGCUGAAAGGUUUGGGCUUGUGCUGUCCAUGGCGACGCCGCUUCGUGCUGUGGCCAAGGAAGUAGUAUCAAACUGA